UCAGUACUGUGCGUCUGGGACCCUGCUUUUCUCUGAGUGCUGCUCUCAUCUUCUGCUGGUUUGGACCUUGGAGAGGAGACUCAGUGCAGUGUUAUCAAGUGAAAAGGCUGUGCUGCCGGACGUAAAGCAGAGUCUCAAGCUACUGUUGUGUGCUAUCUGUCCAUCUUCUGGCCUGAAAGGGAAGUCAGAGAAAGAAGAAAAGAUGGCAGUUUCUCGGGACUCAGUAACCUGCAAAGAUGUCGCUGUGACCUUCACUCAGGAGGAGUGGGCACUACUAAAUCCUUCAGAGAAGAAACUGUACAGAGGUGUGAUGUGGGAAACCUUUAGCCACCUAUUCUCAGUAGGAAUAUUACAGAAGAACUGUUCCACCAAAAAGCAGCAUAAACCUCAAGGGAAUAAAGAAAGUAAUAUAGUAGUGAAAAAAUCUCAGGGCAAGGAACAAAGUAUAAAUCAAGAGGGAAAGGAACAAAGUAAAUAUCAAGAGGAACCUCAAGAAAGUGGAGUAUGCAAGAAACAUUUAACUUACUUUAGUCAUCUUCAAAAACACCAAGGAACUCACAGUGGAGAGAAAUACUAUAAAUGUGAAGUGUGUGGGAAAACAUUCAUUUUUUUCAGUCAUCUUUGGGCACAUGAAAGAAGCCACAAUGGAGAGAAACCCUAUAAAUGUAAACAAUGUCAUAAAACAUUCAGUACUUGCAGUGUUCUUCAGCAACAUGAAAGAAGUCACAAUGGAGAGAAACCCUAUGAAUGUAAGCAAUGCAGUAAAACAUUCAGUACAUCCAGUUAUCUUAUAUGUCAUGAAAGAAUUCACACUGGAGAAAAACCUUAUGAAUGUAAAGAGUGCAGUAAAACAUUUACUUAUUCCAGUUCUCUUCAGAUACAUACAAGAAUUCACACUGGAGAGAAACCCUAUGAAUGUAAACAGUGUGGCCAAAGAUUUGCUUUUUCCUGUUCUCUUCGGACACAUGAAAGAAAUCACAAGGGAGAGAAACCCUUUAAGUGUAAAUUUUGCAGUAAAACAUUUAGGCAAUCUACUCAUCUUCGAACCCAUGAAAGAUACCACAAUGGAGUGAAACCCUAUGAAUGUAAACAAUGUAGUAAAACAUUCAGUCAAUCCAGUCAUCUUCGGAUACAUGAAAGACAUCACAAAGGAGAGAAACCCUAUGUGUGUAAACAGUGUAGUAAAGCUUUCUAUACUUCUGAUAAUCUUCACACGCAUGAAAGAAUUCACAGUGGAGAGAAACCCUAUGAAUGUAAACAGUGUAGUAGAACAUUCAAUCAAUCCAGUUCUCUGCGGGUACAUGAAAGAACUCACAGUGGAGAGAAACCCUAUAAAUGUAAACAGUGUAGUAAAACAUUCAGUCAAUCCGGUUCUCUGCGGAUACAUGAAAGAAUUCACACUGGAGAGAAACCCUAUGAAUGUAAACAGUGUAGUAGAACAUUCAGUUGUUCCAGCUCUCUGCGGACACAUGAAAGAUUUCACACUGGAGAGAAACCCUAUGAAUGUAAACAGUGUAGUAAAAUAUUCAGUUAUUCCAGCUCUCUGCGGACACAUGAAAGAAUUCACACUAAAGAGAAACCCUGUGAAUGUAAACUGUAGUAAAACAUUCAGUCAUUCCAGCUCUCUUUGGUCACAUGAAAGAACUCACAGUGAGGAAUAACUAUGAAUGUAAACAAUGUGGGAAAGCAUUCAGUCUUUCCAAUUCUCUUUGCAUACAUGAAACAACUCACAAUGGGGAAAAACCCUAUGAAUGUAAAUGGUGCGGUAAAGCAUUCACUUUUUCCAGUUCUCUUCAAAAACAUGAGAAAAGCCCCAGUAAAGAGAAACCUUAAAAUAAUGGGGGGCAGUAGUUCAGUGGUUUAAGUGUACAUGGCGCAAAGCUCAAGGACCUGCUCAGGGAUCCCGGUUUGAGCCCCCCAGCCCCCACCUGCAGGGAGGUCACUUCACAGGCAGUGAAGCAGGUCUGCAGGUGUUUUUUCUCUCCCCUUCUUUGUCUUCCCCUCCUCUCUCAAUUUCUGUCUGUCCUAUCCAACAACAAUGACGAGGAUAAAACAGCAUGGGCCUGUGGUGGAUGGGUGGGGAGAAUACAGGUCCAAGAAGGAUUCAGAGGACCAAGUGGGGGUUGAAUUGUUAUAUGGGAAACUGGGGAAUGUUAUGCAUGUAAAAACUAUUGUACUUACUGUUGAAUGUAAAACAUUAAUUCCCCAAUUAAAAAAAAACAGCAUGGACAGCAAAGGGGAAAAUGGACUCCAGGAGCAGUGGGUUCAUAGUGCAAGCACCAAGCCCCAGCAAUAACCUUGGAGGCAGUAAAGUCUUCAGUUGUUCCACUACUAUUUGAACAUAUGGAAAUAUGCACAUUGGACAUAAAUGUAUACACAUGAGUAAAGACUAAAUAGAGAUGUAACCUGAGACAUUGAUAGAGUAGUUAGUGGUUUAACCUUGAAUGUAACAGGUCCCAGGCUUGAGACCCAACACUGCAUGUCUAAGUUAUGGUCUUUUUUUUUUUAAUCUUUCUUCCAUAUUAAUCAAUGAGUAAAUAUUUGUAAUGAUUAUAGAGAUCAUAGUUCCAUAACACACAUGUGAAUUCACAUGUGUGAGUCCUAAGUAAAUGUGGAGUAUGAGUAAGCACAUCAGUUCUAGUAUAUGAAAAAGCUCACUUGGUACUGACAUUUUAGGGAUGUGAACAGUGCAUAAAUAUAUAGCAGCUUCCACACCUGAAAGGACUGGUAUUUGGAACAAGGCUUUAUAGGUGUUGACAUUUGUGGAAAUAUAUAAACCUACUAGAGAACACAUGCUGAAGGGAAACCCAAGGAAUGUAAAAGAAGGGAAUAAUAGUGGGUACUGCUGUGUGUGAACUUUAGGCUUUGUAUAGAAUUGUAUGUUCUGGGGGAAAUAAAGUUAAAAAUAGUAACCCACAUAGAUCAAAUAUUUAAUAGGCUAGAAACCACCAAAAAACUUAAGAGAAAAUGGAUAGGCAGAACUCUCCUUUAUAUUUUUGCAACAGUUUUUACUGUUUUAAAUGUUAAUGGCAAGGAAAACAAGCAAAAGUAAACAAAUGGGAAUACAUCAAAAUGAGGUUUCUGCACACAAAGGGGAAUCACCAUAACAUAAAAAGCCCUUCUGAAGCUCUUAAGUCCCAGGAUUCCCCACACCACCAUAAGCCAGAGAUGAGCAAUGCUCUGGUGUUUCUUUUUUUAAUUAUAUUUAUUUUCCCUUUUGUUGUAUUUACUGUUGUUUUUUUACUAUUAUUAUAGUUACUGUUGUUAUUGAUGUCAUUACUGUUGGAUAGGACAGAGAAAUGGAGAGAGGAGGGUAAGACAGCAGAAAGAGAAAGACACCUGCAGACCUGCUUCACCACUUGUGAAGUGACUCCCCUGCAGGUGAGGAGCCAGGGGCUCGAACCAGGAUCCUUAAGCUGGUUGUUGUGCUUUGCGCCACAAGCGCUUAACCCACUAUGCUCCCAGUGCUCUGGUGUUUGUGUGUGUGUAUCUCUAUAUUUCUCUCAAAAAUAAUAUAAAAAAAUAAAAUACUUAAAAAAUAAGUCUUUAAAAAAAUUAAAUAAUUAAAAAAAACCCUUAUACAUACAGAGAACUAAGAGACACUAUACAUAAUCUUCAAAGAGAUCCAAGGGAUCAACAGACUUAAAACAAUGCUCAAACAAUGCUCAAAUCACUGAUCAUCAGGGAAAUGCCAGUAAAAGCAACAAUGAGAAAAUACUUUAGUUGUCUGGGAAGUGGCGCAGUGGACAAUGCAUCAAAUCCUCAAGCAUGAGGUCCCAAGUUCAGUCGCCAGCAGCAUAUGUACCAAAGUGAUGUCUGGUUCUUCCUCUCUGUCUCCUAUCUUUCUUGUUAAUAAAUAAAAAUAAAAUAUGGUAGUCAUGUAUCAUUCCAUAAUCUCUGAUUCUCUCAAAAAAAAAGAAAAUGCCCCUGAGUGAAUGAAUGUCAUGCAUUUAAAAAGACAGAACACCAACUGUUCAAGAGACUGGGAGGCACUCUUACAUUGCAGGUGGGUGUAAAAACAGGUGUAAACCUUAUGGACAAUAUUCUAUAGAAUCAUCAGGACAUUAGAAAUGGGCCUACUUUAAAGUACAGCAAUCCCAACACAACGAGAACCACCUCAGCAUACUUCACUUCAGACUGUCCAGAGACUUCAGUUGUGGAAUGACAACCCUUCAGCUUCGUUACUCGGGUGAGACCUUUCCUUUCAUAGGAUUCUCUAAUUCCAUUCCAGCUGGUUCACUUUCUAACAAAGUGCCAAAACCUAGAUAUAGACAAGUUCCCGUGAGAUAGAGCAUGUGUUCACACGCAUCCAUAAACUAGGGCAAAAUAUAUAUCUGAAAGCAAAAGUUCAUAGUAGUCUGCAGUGAGUACCAUCCAACACUUCAUCUGUACUAUUUCAGCUUUUAGGUCCAUGAUUGGUCAACAAUUUGGCUUUGUAUGUUAACUCUCUUUUCAGCCACCAGAUUCCAAAUGCUACAUGAUGCCAACAGACUUCCUUCACCAAUGUGUCCUGGAGCUCCACAGCCCCACACUACUAGGGAAAGGG